AUCGAAUUCGUCACUGAAUUCCCAUGUUUUUUGGGACACCCUGUACCUCACAUAGCCGGUCACUCCCUUUAAACAAGCUUAACUAGAAAGAGUUAAGCUGAGAAGGGCUGAAAUAAGAAGGGUUUACCUCAGAUGGAUUGAGCUGGGAAGGGUUGAGCUUAGAAAGACUGAACUGAGAAGAUACGAACUGAUAAGGAUUGAGCUGAGACGGCGUAAGCUAAACGGUUUGAGCUGAGUAGGGUGGACCUUGGACGGAUUGAGCUGAGUAGGGUGGACCUCGGACGGAUUGAGCUGGGUAGGGUGGACCUGGGACGGAUUGAGCUGAGUAGGGUGGACCUGGGACGGAUUGAGCUGAGUAGGGUGGACCUUGGACGGAUUGAGCUGAGUAGGGUGGACCUGGGACGGAUUGAGCUGAGUAGGGUGGACCUUGGAAGGGUUGAGCUGAGAGGGGUUUAACUAAGAUUCAGCAAAGAGGAUUAUAUCUGAGCGUAUAAGAGCUGAGCUAGAACGAGUUUACAGCUGACAUGGUUGAGCUAAUUGUUGGAAUAAACUUUGAUAGAAGAGACGAUCAAUUCUUAAACUUAAAUCAGGGGGAUAAAAUACUAGUUCUUGGGAUCAUUCAUAAAGAUGAUAAUUCCUACUAUUUAGUCGAGAAUAGUCAGAUGAAGGCAGGAUUGGUUCCGUUCUCCUUCCUGGAGAAUACUGAGUUUCCAGCCUGGUUCAAUCCAGAGCUAUCCAGGAUUGAUGCAGAGAGAUAUCUGAUGAGAAAACAACAAGGAGACUUUUUUAUCAGGCAUAAGCAGCAUGGACAACGGGAUGAUUUUUCAGUUUCAGUAAGGUAAUCAUAUU